AGCACCAUGCGCUACAUCGCUGUUGCCCUUGCGUUCCUCGCCGUCUGCCAUGCGGCCAUCCCUCAUGAAAGUCAGCAGAAGAAGGCUGACGAGAAGACGCCGCCCCGCCAUAACCACCGUCAAGCUGCCACUCUUUACAUGGCCAUCAUCGAGCCUAAGUAUCCCAAGAAAGUCACCUUCCCCCUGAGUGACGAAGAUGACCUCAAAUUCCACGCUGCAAGGGACGCGUUGAUGGAGCAUGUCAGAGGCGAAGCCGAUCAAUAUGAUCUCAAUGAUCAUGCCGUUAAGGCAAAACUUCGGGGGAAGACACUCACAAAUCAGGAUCAAGUUCAGCAGCACAUGAUCAAGGCGGUCCAGGAUGGAAUGACCAUGCAGGAGGCAAGAAUCGGAAUGAUCAUCGCUCAGUUCGAGGACCUUCCCAAGGACAAGCAGGAGGCUGCCCUCCAGAAGGCCAAAGAGCAUCGUGACAGGAUCCCUGCUGGAACUCGCGAGAAGGUCAUGCAGAGAAUGGCUGACCGCAACCGUGAGGAGCGCGAGCAGCUCAACGGCAUGGCCACCCCAGAUGCAAAGACUGAAUGGGUCCAGAAGAGAUAUCAGCCAUCCAAGAGGCUGCCUCCAACUCUGCAGUAGAUACUCAGGGACUCACAAGCAAGUUUUUCCUUUGUGUUGUGAUGUAUGCGACUGUAAUGCAAUAAUACAACACAAAUU